GAACCAGCCAGCCCAUUGCCGCAGGAACAGGAACCCAAAAAAGGGACGAACCCAACUAUCGAUCCAACAAAAAUUGUGAUCAAAGAUGAAGCACGAAGAGAGAGAGGAAAAAAGAAAAGAAAAGAAAAAAGAGCGGUCUUCUUUGCUUCUUCUCCGUCUUUUUGGCGGGCUAAGCAAACGGGCGCCCCAGGCAGCAUGAAAUACGGUCUGAAUAUCUGGGAUGGCCCAGCGCCACCGUCUCCCACUACUGCUGGGCCUGCUUGGCCAUUUUUAUUUUAUUUUAUUUUGAGGCCAGCCAGCGAGAUCCCAAAGAGCAGGCGGCGGGAGAGUAUCCAGCACACAGGCUGCCGGGUGAAGAGAUUUUAUUAA